AUGGCCAUUGUCUCCGUUUGGACAGAAGUCGAGUCGCAAAAAUUUGAGGUUGUAGCCUCCAAGCUUUCAUACGAGCUCGUCAUAAAACCCAAGAUAGGCCUGGUCACUGACCCUGGUGUAGUGCACCAGCACCAGGAGAAACUAGCUCCGGUUCUCGAUAUAUAUGAGUCUCGUUUGUCGCGGUCCAAGUAUUUGGGCGGAGACGAGUUUAGCCUGGCGGACUUGCAUCACAUCCCCAUUGUGUACUAUCUGUUGGGGACUGAGAUUAAGGCCCUGUUUGAUGCUAGGCCCAAAGUCAGCGCGUGGUGUGACGAUAUAUUGGGCCGGCCCAGUUGGCAGAAGGUUGUGCAGGCUAUGAAGAUCUGA